CACUUGUUGAUGGUCGCCAUUAUUUCACUCUGCAAAGAGUUUUAAGGUUUAUUUUAAUGGCGGAAUAAACAAUCUUAGACACGCGUCUUAGAAAUUCUGUACUUUUAUACCAGAGACUCUAGAAAGUAUUAGAAUAUACAGAGUCUGAGAAUUUUUCACCUAACAAAUAGUCUCUAUAAAACCAGUUCUCUGUUGGAUUCAUCAAUGGAGUCACUAAAACAGUCAUUAAAAUCUCUGGGCAGUGUUGGUAAAAACAAGCAUCCUUCUUCUUCUCCUCACGAGAAACUACCCAUAUUACUUCAGCAAGAUAACAUUGGUUCAAUGGACAGAAAAGAAGUCAUGGUAAAAAUCGAUGAUAGUGAUGAUGAAAGUAGUCACAAUGGAAAUAGAAUUUGGAGAAGAUCAAGUUAUGAUUUCCGGAAUGAUAGUAGUAACAAUAAUGGCAGUGGUGGUUGUAAUGAAGCUCCAAGUUCAUCAGCCAUUGAUGAAUUCAAUUUCAUACAAGCACAGCAGCAGCAACUACAGUCAGACAGAUUGAGAGAUGAUCCACCAUUAAAACUGAUUAAUCAGUUUUUAGAUAAACAGCAAGCUUCUGGUGAAAUUUCACUAGAUAUGGAUUUAGAGAUGGAUGAACUUGUCAAUGACCAUAAAAACAAUACCAGUUUACCAAUUAUUGAAGAAAAUCCAUAUGAACCACCACCAAAAACUCCAUUCCCACCAGCUUCUUCUACAAAUAAUUCUCCUACACUAAACCAAACAUCUCCACAAGCCAUUCCUAAACCUGUUCAUCAGCCAAUUAGGAGAAGAAGUAAAGGUGAUGAAAAUCAGAAUCGCGAGUCUCCACAUUUUGAUACUGAUGAAGUGGUAAGAUGUUCUUCAAAUGAUGCCUUGAAGAGGAACUCAAAUUCUUCCAUUCAGAGGAAUUCAAAUUCUUCCUUCAAGAGGACCUCAAGUUUUUUGAGGACUAAAACUAUGAAAUCAAGACUACUGGAUCCACCACCAGAUAUCAUGAAGUCGGGAAGAGUACCAGGAAAAUCAGGGCAAUUAAGAUCUGGGUUUAUAGGUAAAUCAUCAAGAUUAAUGGAAGAUGAUGAUGAAGAUCCUUUUGCUGAAGAGGAUAUACCAGAUAAGUAUAAGAAAUCAAAGUUUUUUAGUCCAUUAGUUAUUCUUCAAUGGUUUAGUCUUAUAUUAAUUUUGGGUUCACUUGUUUGUUCACUCACUAUUCAUGAUCUUAGAAAGAGGACAGUAUGGGCACUUCCUUUAUGGAAAUGGGAGAUAUUAAUACUUGUUUUGAUUUGUGGGAGAUUAGUUUCUGGUUGGGGAAUUAGAAUAGUUGUUUUCUUUAUUGAGAGAAAUUUUAUUUUGAGGAAAAGGGUUUUGUAUUUUGUUUAUGGGUUGCGAAAGGCUGUGCAAAAUUGUUUAUGGUUAGGUCUGGUUUUAUUAGCUUGGCAUUACUUGUUUGAUGCAAAAGUUGCCAGAGAAGUCAAGGAUAGAACUAUACCGGUUUUCGUUACCAAGUUUUUGAUCCUUUUGUUAGUGGGUACAUUGUUAUGGCUUGUGAAGACUCUUCUGGUUAAGGUUUUGGCUUCAUCUUUUCAUGUAAGCACUUACUUUGAUCGGAUUCAAGAGUCACUGUUUACUCAGUAUGUGAUUGAAACAUUAUCCGGUCCGGCGAUGAUUGAGAUUCAGAGGAACCAGGAAGAAGAGGAACAACUAAUGGCUGAAGUGCAGAAUCUUCAGAAUGCAGGGGCUACUAUGCCAGCUGAUCUUAAGGAAACAGCUUUGCCACCAAUGAAGAGUCCAAAGGUUAAAAGUGGAGGAAUUCAAAAUAGUCCAAAGGUUAAAAGUGGUAGAGCUUCAGGAAAUGCUCCAUGUAAGAAAGAGGAGGGUAUUAGCAUUGAUGAAUUGCACAGAUUGAACCAGAAAAAUAUUUCUGCUUGGAAAAUGAAGAGGUUGAUGAAUAUAAUUCGUCAUGGUGUGAUCACUACACUUGAUGAGCAGAUACAGGACUCGUGUAAUGAAGAGGAGUCAGCAACGACAAUCAGAAGCGAAUUCGAAGCGAAGUGUGCAGCAAGGAAGAUAUUCAACAAUGUGGCUAAGCCCUAUUCCAAGUUUAUCCACCUCGAGGAUAUAAUGCGCUUCAUGAAAGAAGAGGAAGCCGAGAAGACUAUGAAUCAAUUUGAAGGAGCAAUUGAAACCAACAGAGUCAGCAAGAAAUCUCUGAAAAACUGGGUGGUUAACGCUUUCAGAGAGAGAAGAGCCCUUGCUUUGACUCUAGAUGAUACAAAAACGGCCGUAAACCAACUCCACAACAUGGUGAAUGUUGUCGUGGGCGUCCUUAUAGUGAUCAUUGGGCUUCUCAUACUUGAGAUAGCAACCACUAAGUUUCUGGUCCUUAUCAGUUCUCAGCUUCUGUUGGUGGCUUUCAUGUUUGGCAACACCUGCAAGAUGGUAUUUGAAGCUAUCAUCUUCUUAUUUGUGAUGCACCCUUUUGAUGUCGGUGAUAGGUGUGAAAUUGAAACAGUUCAGAUGGUUGUGGAAGAGAUGAACAUCCUUACUACCGUGUUUCUAAGAUUUGACAACCAAAAGAUUAUAUACCCAAACAGUGUUCUUGCCACCAAGCCGAUCAGCAAUUUAUACCGAAGUCCAGAUAUGGGAGAUGCAAUUGACUUCUGUAUCCACGUCUCAACUCCAGUGGAAAAGAUCUCUACCAUGAAACGUCAACUAACAGCGUUUAUCGAAGGCAAAAGAGAACAUUGGUACCCUUCACCAAUGAUUGUAGUGAGAGAUGUGGACGAUUUGAACAGGCUGAAAAUCUCAGUGUGGUUGACACACCGAAUGAACCAUCAAGACAUGGGGGAGAGGUGGGUGAGAAGGGCUCUGGUAGUAGAAGAGAUGGUUAAAGUCCUCAGGGAACUAGACAUUGAGUACCGUAUGCUGCCUCUUGACGUUAAUGUCAGAAACAUGCCUGGUUUUUCCUCGCAACGUCUUCCGUCGACUUGGAAUACUUGCAACAAUUACUGAUCAUAUACUGCCAAAUACAACUUCCCAAGGUCGGUCUAAGACGUUCUCCAAAGCAUUGUUUCGGAGCAUUAUCUUAUUUGUCCGUGUAUAUAAAAUCAGUUGGCAUUUUAAUCAUUUAAAAAUCUUAGAUUUACAGCGAGUUAGCACCAGGAUGGUACGACAUGACAUAAUUUUGUAAAUGAAAAGGUUCUUGAGUAUCACAUUAUGUAAUAGAACUACUGAGCUAUAGUUCUCAUCAUCCGGCUAAAGUUCUCUGUUUGCAGUGAAUAUUUCAUUUGUUUGCAUAAGCUUUUGAGAUGCAUUAGUCCAAAACUAAUGGAGGUCAA